CUUCAGUGUAACUUCACUGAGGACUCGUUCGAUAAAUAUUGCAUGAUGAAUGGAAACCUCAGUCUUAUUUUAUCGCUGAUAAUGUGUUUGUAUGAAAUCUGAAUAGUGUAUUCGUAUAGUUGGCUCGUUAAGUAAUGCUUGCGCGUACCCGCAAAAGACAAGGCAGCGGGGGAGGGGCUAUAAAUUAUCUAUUACGAAAUUUACCCUGGACGCUUAGUCUGUUCUUGAACUCAGUCCGACGAGCAUUCUCAUUUUUUUGCCGAUUCAUCCUGUGUAAAAAUCUUCAUAUCAUUUCUUCCAAUUAUUCUAUUCGUCUCCAUCGAAUUUUUUAUAAUCAUGGAGAAAAUGCUCACCGUCGAUGAUUACAAGCAACGAGCAAUGGAACUUCUUCCACCGUUAGCCAGGGAUUAUUACAGAAGCGGAGCUGGUGACGAGUUGUCCCUGCAAUGGAACCAAAUGGCUUUCCAAAAACUUCGAAUUCGUCCAAAAGUACUAAGAAAUGUAUCGCACAGAGACUUGAGUACGAUGGUAAUGGGCGAAAAAGUGUCAAUGCCUCUCGGUGUUUCACCAACGGCGAUGCAACGAAUGGCCCACCCGGACGGAGAGUGCGCAAAUGCAAGAGCUGCACAAGCUGCCGGUACUAUAUUUACACUAUCAACAAUAUCCACAAGCAGUAUAGAAGAAGUAGCUGCUGCAGCCCCAAAAGCUGUAAAAUGGUUUCAACUGUACAUUCUCCGGGAUCGAAACCUAACUCUCGAACUUAUUCGGAGGGCGGAAAAAUCGGAUUACAGAGCUCUCGUUGUCACUGUGGAUGCACCGAUAUUUGGCACCAGACGAUCUGACGUUAGAAACAAAUUUUCUCUUCCUGGACAUUUGAAAUUGGCCAAUUUCAUAGGUCCGUUGUCAAAUAAAAUUCAUUCUGCAGAAAAUGGUUCGGGACUGCAGGCAUAUGUGACAGAUUCUUUUGACGAUUCACUGUCGUGGGACGAUAUCUCGUGGCUCAAAACAGUGACAAAACUACCAGUGAUUGUAAAAGGGAUUCUUACUGCAGAAGAUGCACUUUUGUCCAUAAAAUACGGGGCCAAUGGAAUUGUAGUUUCAAAUCAUGGUGCACGCCAGAUCGAUGGAACUGCUGCGACGAUAGAAGUAUUACCAGAAAUUGUUCGGGCUGUAGGCAACAAAGUAGAAAUAUAUUUAGAUGGAGGGGUGACACAAGGAACUGACGUCCUAAAAGCUUUGGCACUCGGAGCAAAAAUGCAGGUGUUUAUUGGCAGACCAAUGAUUUGGGGUCUCGCAUGCGGUGGAGAAAAGGGAGCAAAAGACAUAUUGGAAAUAUUCCGAAGCGAAAUUGAUCAAACUUUUGCCUUAACAGGUUGCAGAACAGUGUCAGAGGUUACUCGUGACUUGGUUGUUCAUGAAUCUUUCUACAGUCGGCUGUAAUUAUGCUCAACUGUCAUUAGUUAAUCAGUGGUUUAAAUUUAGGUAGCUCCCGAUAAAAAUCAGAGCAAUGUUUCCUUUAGAUAAAUAACUGUAAUUGAACAUUCUGUUACUUUUUUUGAGUAUCACGCCUCUCGAUGAUUUGUAACUUGUUGCAAAUAAUUUGUUUUCUAUCCGGAAUGUGAGGGUCGAUACGCCACAGAUGAUUUUUGAUUGGUUAUUUGAAAAACGACUUGAUUUUAUAAAAGCGUGUAUAUUGUAAAAAUUUCCAAAGUUUUCCGUCGUUUUACACCAGAGACUAACCUUUCGAAGAUAGAAAAAAUCCAUCCAGCGAUAUUUUCAACGGCAUGAGACUUCUAUAUUUGAUAUUCGCUUAUCCAGACAAUGUAAGACGAUCAAAAGAAUAUGCUGAAAGAGUGUAACGUGCUGUGAAAAUAAAAAAAAAAUAACGAAUGACUAGACAAAGAA